AUGACGACCUCUCCGCCGAUAUCUGGACUUGAUGAAUUCGAGCCCCAUCGAAUCAAGCUAUUGCUUGAUAACUUCUUCAACUACGUGCAUGUAAAGAAUCCGGUCUUGGACGAACAGCAAACUAGGAGAAUUGUGAACAGAGUCUGCUUGCAUGGAAUCGAUUGGUCACCGGAUGCCUGUCUUGCGUUGCUCGUCUGUGCGCUCGGUACCAUAGCUACGCCGCUCGACGGGGACUACGUUCAUCGCGAUUCAGAAGCGUACCGUACCGCUGAAUCAUUCUUUCUGGCUGCCAAGAAGAGGCUCGGUCUGGUUCUGGGCACAUCAACUCUAAUCGAGGCACAGUGCAUGUUCUUUGCAACCUUUCAGUCGUUGAUCGCCUUCCGACAGGAGUAUGGAGAGCGACUAGACGAGGCCGAACGCCGUUCAGCUGCUGCCGAGCAAGCCAUCUAUUGGUCGGCAUGGAAGUCUGAGCGCGAAGUGAAUGACGAUCUGAACCUGCCGGGCUUCUUGUUCUCCGAAAUCGAUAUCGCCGGGUACCCAGCCUUCUUCCCGACUCCACCAAGUCAUGACGGCGAGCUACCGAGCUUGGUCAAUACGGAGACUGCGACACGCGAGAAAUUAUCAUGGUAUUUCUACCUUUCUGAAAUCUCACUACUGCGACUGUGGCGUCGUAUGGCUAGAGAAGUCGUGGACUUUACACCAGAACCGGGGCAGAGCCAUAUCCUGGGGCUUGCUCACACAGUCGACGACCGUGAAUCACAGAUCGGGGACUGGAUUCGAGCAUUGCCAGAGAACAUAUCCACGCUAGCGCCAGCAGAAGAAGACGAAAUAUGCCGCUUUGUUCUGCGUGGGCAUCUCAUCAAUGUGUGGGAAAUUGUGUACUGGCCAUUUGUCAACUGUAUCGUUGCUUCGGGUUUACGCACUGAAAAAUCACGGCGCAUACAGCACAUGGCGAACACGGGUCUACAAAUACACAUCGAUCGAAUUCAUGUAAAUCGUCCUGGCUUUUCGCACAGACAUCAUGGAACAUUUGGCAUGAUCAAGGCCUGCACACGCAGUGCUUUCAUUCUGCUUGCUGCUGCGCAGAGCCCCGCUUUUGACGCUCGCGAAGACGAUGAGUCUUACGGGUACAGAACUAUCUACCAUAUGCCGCCAGGUUGGCGUGAGGCUAUCGAAGAGGUCAUCCAAUUGCUUGAUUCCUGGGAACACGAGUCGGCUGAUCUUUCCACCAUGGCUGCUACCCUUCGUCUACUAUACCGCAAUUCGUCGGCCAUAAUUUAA